GGGUGGUGCCUUAUAGCUGACGCAGGAGCCCACAGGGGCAGUUGGAGCUGGACUACUUGAAGGAUGAUGCUCUGGGGGUUGCUGUGGAUGCUGUUUGUUUCAGGACUCCAAGCUGCAGAGGAAAAAUGUGUCCUAGCAGAGGGGGAGACCCUGACUGUGAACUGUCCCGUCAACCAGAAGUAUAAAUACAGCAAGAAGGCUUGGCAGAGGCUGAGGGACGGGGAGCAGCCCCAGACGCUGGUUGUCACAGAGAGUUCUCAGGGGACACUCAGUCAAAUCCAGGUGGGGAGGUACAUUCUCAGAGAUGACCCUCAGGAGUCCAUGCUUCAGGUCCGAAUGAUAAACCUUCAAGUGGAGGACUCAGGACUGUAUCGGUGUGUGAUCUACUAUCCUCCUCCCAAGGAGCCCAUCCUCCUGUUCCAUCCUGUCCCCCUGGUGGUGACCACAGAUACCUCUGACAAGAAUCCUACCACGAAAUUGACUCAGAUUCUCACCCUUCCUACCACGAACAUCCCAAGUAUACCCUAUACCAGCUCUAGGACUGUGACCCCAUUCCUACCCACGCCAACUGCUGUCAUCUCUCCAAACACCACAGUCAACCUCACAAAGGUGACAGAUACCAUCAGCAGGCUCCUUGUGUUCAGCAUUGUCAUUCCUGUGGCCUGCGGAAUCUUCAUUAAGAGCCUGAUCUUCACUGUCCUGUUUGCUGUCACUCAGAGGUCAUUUGGACGCUAGACCCACGAACCCACGACAGUGACCCUGACCUCUGUCCAUGUCCACCUGGCAGUUGUUGGAAGCCAAAUGGAGAGGGUCUGAAUUGAAUCUGUGCUCACGGGAGAUUUCCAGGGCCCAGGAUUCCCUGAUACCUGGCCCUGUCCACAUUGAUCACCCUCAGAAGAGAAGGAACGGCUCCCAGCAGGACCCCGCUCUUCACUCCACCUGCAACUUGGUGUGAAGUAAAGACAGCCCAGUGCUUUCCACCAUCACUCUCUUGUGGGGUUGUGAGGUUGAGCAGGCACGGCCGGUAUUGCUGCCCCUGUCCUUACCCUGGACCAUACUAUUUCAACCAUGGACAGAACUUAGAAGCAUCCUCCUUCCCCAGCCACUGGAGUGAGCCUCCCUCUCUUGAGAAUCAGACGCCUGGGUUUUCUCUUUUCAUCUGUCACUCUCCCAACAUUUCUACCCAUAGAACAAGAAGAGAAGAGGCCAUGGUGGGAAUUAAUGAGAAACCAAGUUGUGCUGACCGUUGUAUCCUGGGAAAACACUAGGAGACAAGAUGGGAUGCGCAGGGUGAUGGGUAGAUAGCACCUGCCUUGCGGUGUGUGCUUUGUCUCUGGAUCCUGAAACUAACCCAUGAAGGCAGAGGUGUACGUGACCAAGGUGAGGUCACAUGAGUAGUAAGUCACCAUUUCCUGGCAGGAAGGAAGAUUGAAGAACUCUUGCUGAGGGGAUCGGAAGUCACAUGAAGAGCCAGGAGUUCUGCCUCUCUUCCUUGAAUCACAUGAGGGGCAAACAUGGCAGGGUGACAAGAUCCCACCAGUGGGGCUCUGGAGGCUGUCCCUUGUGUGCCCCUUAGCUCUCACUCACCAUCCUCCUCCACUUGGUCUGCACCCAACUCCCCUGACGGCUCCCAUGCUGUCUCUGGGACUCUCCCACUGUCCCCCAUGAAAUAGGUAUGCAGGUCACCUGUGCCUUGAGACCUCCACCCACGUUAAACCAGGACUUCUCUGUGUCCUACCUCUGGGUUCUACAGCAGAAGGGACCCCAAUGGUGGGGAAAGGAGAUGGGUCCUUCCAUUCCAAUUCAGCAAUGAUCAAGGUCAGUUUCAUCCUAGAGCCCCCAAAAACAAACACACCUUGCCACACAACAUCUGUCUCAUGAUAGGAAACACAUUCCUGCAAUCAGCGAGACUUUCCCCCUCCUCUGCAAACAAACAAACAAACCUGGUUCUGAGGUACAUGCUUCCAUCCCACAAGGACUCCCUCCUAAUGAUUAUGGCUCUACCUGAACCCACCCAGGGACGGCACUGACCUCAGAGAUGAUUUCUGAUCCCCUAAUUUUGAGUUCAUUAGAAGGGGUGUGAGUGGAAUUCAUCUCAUGCUGGAGCUCCUCGAGUCUUCAGAGAAGGACUUAUCCAGAAGUCGACCGUCUCAGCUUUCCCUGUCUUGAACUGAGCAGCUCAGAUGCAGCGGCUGAAUGGCGCACAGUGUUUACAUCCUGAGGUGGCUGGCCCGGCACCUGCAUUUUAGCAGUUCCAAUGUUCUUUAAGUUUAUGAAGAUGACAAAAAAGGCCAGGGGCAGGGGAGACACUGUAAUUGGAGGCUACCCAGAAGAGGCAGGACACACUGGAUCAGUGUUUCCCAAACAGUACCUCUUAGAACACUGCAUUGCCUUCUCCUGAAGCCUAAGACACUCGCUCAGCUUCCGGGGCUCCUGCGAGUCUAUCAGAUCACAGCUUACAGUUAUCUUGGUGCUGCUCAAGUUUGUUUCAAAGAAAUCAUAAUGCUCUCUGUUAAACACCGUGACACAUUCAUAUAUUUAUCCAGAACUGCA